AUGUCGCUCUACUUUGAUGCCGUGUCAGUUCUCAGCGGCCCAUCGAACGCUGGCUCUCUCAAGUCGAGAGUGUACAAUGGCAAGUGGAAAUCUCCUCCGGCUCAGAUUUACGCCCUGAUAGUCGAGGUCGCAAAGUACAACGCUUGCAUCAAGGAGGUUAUAGACACAGCGGGCAUCCUAGCCCACGAACCAAAGAGCAGGAGGGCUAACGUGGUGGAACAAGGUGAUGUGAAGCAGCUCACGCCCAUCCUGUCGCUUCUUCUCGUACACGACUUUCUGCUCUCGAAGCGAGGCAUCGCAGCGCCCUCAAACCACCCUCUGCGUCUGGCUGUUGAGCGCCACAAGUCUCGUCUCAAUGCAGAGCUCACAAGGCUGCGGGUUCGUCGAGGAUGCGCGUCGAAGGAGGGGCUGAAGAAGCGGCUGCUACAAGACCAACAAGCGGCCCAGGUCUUCUCGCCGAGGUGGAUACGCAUAAACAAUGCGCUCACGACGUUGAUGCAGGAGUUAGAGAGCACAUUUGCUUCUUAUACGGCUGUUGACUCCCUAUCUGAGCUUGCUGCGGCUGCGGGCCAGAAGAAAUACUGCUUGGAUGAACAUGUUCCUGACCUCCUGGCCGUCGACCGAGACAUCGACAUUACUUCUACUCUUUCCUACAAAGAGGGACGGCUUAUACUCCAGGACAAGGCAUCCUGUUUCCCCGCCUAUCUACUCCUUGGCGACCAUCCAGGCCGGUGGGAAGGGGACCUCGUCGAUGGCUGUGCCGCUCCAGGAAACAAGACUACCCACCUGGCCUCCUUGUUAUCUUCUUCAAGGGUCCCACAGAGGAGUCGAGUAUUCUCACUGGAUGCAUCUCCCUCUCGAUCCAAGAUCCUGCAGGAAAUGGUGAAGAAGGCCGGCGUGGGGGAGAGGGUGACGGUCUUGCCGGGACAGGACUUUCUGGCACUGGACCCGGAAGACAGGCGGUUUCGGCAAGUUACUGGCCUCCUGCUGGAUCCCAGCUGUUCUGGAAGUGGGAUCACUAAGCGUGAGGAUGUUCCCCAGCUCAUCCUGCCUAAGUCAAAGUCCGAACUUGGGUCUACACGUAGCAGCAAGGGGUCAAAGAACCGGAAGAGAAAGCGAGAAAGCCCCCCAGCUCCCUCUUCCGCCGCCUCUCCGCCGGACGGCGCUGACGAGAGCGCACGCCUAGCCAAACUUGCUAACCUCCAGAGCCAGAUCGUCGAGCAUGCCUUUGGAUUCCCUGCAGCAACCAGGGUCACGUACAGUACCUGCUCGAUCCACCAGGAGGAGAAUGAAGGCGUCGUUGCGCGCGUGCUGGCAUCGUCUGCUGCCCGGCGCCGUGGCUGGAGACUCGAGCCGAGAACGGAGCAGGCAAAGGGACUUCAAAAGUGGCAUCACCGUGGCAUGCAGUCGCCUCCCAGCGCCUCAGACAGCGGGCCAUCACUAUCCGCUGAAGAGGCAGAAGCUUGUAUUCGUUGUUGGCCUACGGGAGAUGAGGGAACGGGGGGCUUCUUUGUAGCUAUCUUUGUACGUGAUGCAGGAGAAGAAGAGAGGGAUGAGAAUGAAGAAGAGGAAGAAGGAUGUGACGAUGAGGCCUGGGAAGGGUUCAGCUCUAGCUAG